AUGGAGGGGAAGGGCAAGGGCAAGGGGAAGGUGAAGAAGGGGUGGAUGGCGGUGAGGGUGGGGGAGGAAGGGGAGGGAGGGUUCAGGCGGUUCACCAUGCCGAUAUCUUACCUCUACCACCCACAGUUCGAGAGGCUGCUGCAGGCCGCUAAGGAGCUCUACGGCUACCCCUCCUCCGGGCCGCUCAUCCUUCCCUGCUCCGUGGACGAAUUCCUCCACCUCCGCUGGCUCAUCGAGAAGGAGGAGUCCCACUCCCACCACCACCACCAUUCUCCUCGCUCUUCUUCUUCUUCUUCUCUCCACUCUUGCUGA